UUUAAAUGCCAUAAAUUACUCGUCAUAUAAAUACUUCUAUUCAUUUUUCUUCUCUAAACAAACAAACAAACGGAUAAGACAUUUUUUUCCUCAGAUUAUGGAAACCAUGCCAGAGUCAUAUGAAUCCACUAAUACACACUCUUCUUCAAAUUUUGGAUGCACACAUUACAGAAGGAGAUGCAAGAUCAUAGCACCAUGUUGUAAUGAAGUUUUUGACUGUAGGCACUGCCACAACGAAGCUAAGAACUCAGAUGAGAUUAAGCCAGAUUGUCGUCAUGAUAUUCCGCGUCAUGAAGUUAAAAAGAUUAUUUGCACCUUAUGUGACACAGAACAAGAUGUUCAACAAAACUGCAUAAACUGUGGAGUAUGCUUGGGAAAGUACUUUUGUGGUACAUGCAAAUUCUUUGAUGAUGAUAUUUCAAAGCAGCAAUACCACUGUGAUGAAUGUGGCAUCUGCAGAACUGGUGGCAGUGAUAACUUUUUCCAUUGCAAAAAAUGUGGAUGUUGCUAUUCCGUCGAAAUCAAAGAGGGGCAUAAUUGUGUAGAAAGAGCAAUGCAUCAUAAUUGUCCUAUUUGCUUUGAGUAUCUGUUUGAUACAUUGAGAGAAAUCAGUGUCUUAACUUGUGGCCACACUAUACAUUUUGAGUGUGUUAAAGAGAUGGAAAAACAUCAUAGGUACUCGUGUCCUGUUUGCUCAAAAUCUAUCUGUGAUAUGUCAAGUGUGUGGAAGAACCUUGAUGAAAUGCUUUCCUCAACUCCAAUGUCUGAAUCAUACAAAAAUAAGAAGGUAUGGAUAUUGUGCAAUGAUUGUGGUGUAAACUCUCAUGUGCAAUUCCACAUUGUGGCACAUAAGUGUUUAAGUUGCAACUCCUACAACACAAGGCAAAUACAAAUAGUACCUUCUAGUUCUUGCUCAUCUAGGGUGGAAGAGAUGAUUAAAUGAGCAUAAAUAGUUGCAUAAAGUGUCAAGCUCCAAAUUUUGUGAAUAGAUGGAGUGUUAUUAUACUAUAAAUGAUUCUUUCGUCUGUAUUUAGGGGUCUUAUUUCCAGUUGCUACUUGCUCCAAAUAAUGCAGUUUUAUGCUGAAUGUUAUGUAGCUCAAAAAAUGUGUCAUGACAACAUUUUCCUUGAAGAUGAAGUUCCAUCAAGUAAUGGUUUCAUGAUGUCUUUGUACAAAAAUACAACAACAACCAAGUUUUAUUUCA